CGCGAGUUCAAAGGUCAUAGCAGACGGAAGUGGAUAAAAAUAUUCCAACUAUAACCCUAAGACUGUGUUGUACAGCAGUGGUUGUGUUGCAGGGUAUGAUACAGGUGUUUUGCAGGGGUGUGUGAUGUCCCAGCGUUUCUUCAGUAAGGUGCUGGGUUUUAUUGGCUAUGCUGUUCAGUACGGCUGCAUUGCUCACUGCACGUUCGAGUACGUUGGAGAGUUUGUCGUGUGUUCAGGACCAUCAAUGGAGCCAACCAUCGCCAAUCACGACGUUGUUUUUUCAGAGCGCCUCAGCAGACGCUUGUACCGCAUAGAGAAAGGGGACAUUGUGAUUGCUAAGAGCCCAUUUGACCCAAACAUGAACAUCUGUAAACGAGUUAUUGGACUGGAAGGAGAUAAAGUGUGCACCAGUGGACCACUGGAUACAUUUAAGACACACACUUUUGUCCCAAGAGGUCAUGUGUGGCUGGAAGGUGAUAAUUUGAAGAACUCUACAGACUCCCGAUGUUACGGCCCCGUUCCCUACGGACUCAUACAAGGGCGAGUGUGUUUAAAGCUGUGGCCUCCACACAAUGCCGGCGUGCUACAUGAGAGUCCUAACACCGGACGCAUUUUGCGCACUGAAUAAUGGCAACCACGAUGAACUCUCCUUCACACACUUUUCAAAUAAAACCAGUAUUCAGGAAUGCAAGUUUUCAUUUUAUUGCCCAUAAUAAAUGCUGACAUGAUCCAUAAAACCCA